AUGAAAUUCCAUUUCUACACACUACUGACCAAAAUCCCGCUAGCCCACGCCCUCCUCCAACCUUCACCCGAGCUCCGCGUAGACACCUCCAGCGGCGUCGUUCACGGCAUCUACAACGACACCACGGCGACAGUCCGAGGCUUUCUGGGCAUCCCGUACGCCGAGCCCCCAGUUCAUGACCUACGGUUUGCGCAGCCGCGAAAACGAUCUCCACUGCCCUCGCCAAUCGACGCUUCAUCUUUCAGCAAGCCAUGUCCCCAGAUGAACCACAAGUUUGGCGACUCCAUCCUCGACGUCCUCCCUUAUCAAAUAUGGAAUGUCAACGAUAUCUCGGAGGAUUGUCUAUACCUGAAUGUCUGGGCACCCUCGGCAAAGCACAGUGGGGAAACCAGCAAGGCGGCUGUCAUGGUGUUUAUUCAUGGGGGCGACUAUGAAUUUGGGGGGACGUCGAUCGCUUACUAUGACGGUACCAAUAUGGUUCGUGAUAAUAAGGAUCUUAUCGUUGUGACGCUCAAGUUGAACGUUUUCGGCUUUCCGAAUACCCCGGGGCUAGACCCGGCACGUCGGAAUCCGGGCUUACAAGACCAGAGAUUGGCGAUCCAUUGGGUUCAUGAGAAUAUCGCUCGAUUCGGCGGUGAUCCAGAACGCAUCACGGUUUUUGGACAAUCGGCUGGGGCGGGCUCGGCGGAUAUGUACUCCUAUGCUUACCCGGAUGACCCGAUUAUCAAAGCUAUAAUCCUUCAAUCAGGAACACGUACUAUACACCCUCUUUCGUAUAGUGUUAACGACUGGGAUCGCCUCGCAACUGCACUUAAUUGUGGUACUGGACUCGAGUCCAUGGCUUGCAUGAUGGAAUCCCCCAUGAUCGAUAUUAUCCAAGCCAUGGAGAAUGGGACAUAUAAUUUCAUUCCUACUCCGGAUGAAAUCACAGUCUUCUCUGAUUACCCAUCUCGAGCGAAGCAGGGGAAGCUCGCGAAACUGCCAACACUCGGGGGCUUCGAUGAGAAAGAGCUUUCUUUCAGCUAUUCCUUGUCAUCACCUUCCAUAAACGAGUCAGCUGUAUUCCAAGACGCCGUGCAGAACUUCAGCUGUCCUCUCCUAGAGGCCUUGCAGUACGGACUCUCCCACGAAGUUGCGAAUCUUCUAACUUAUUAUAUACAUAGAUCCCGCAUCAAAAAUAACAUCCCUACGUGGAGAUAUCUCUAUCGAGGCAACUUUCACUCUCUCUCGCCUAAGCCUUGGCUCGGAGCGUAUCACACCUGUAUAAAGCUCGGCCUGCUAACUGCCGCAGCUGAGAUUCCACUCGUCUUCGGGACCUAUAACACGACCGCCCCGGGCUUUUCCCCUCCGUCGGAAAGCCUAGUUCAAACCAGCAGAUACAUGCAGGGAGCCUGGGUUGCAUUUGCCAAAGAUCCCCUCAAUGGUCUGAACGAGUAUGGAUGGCCGCAGUUUACUCUCAAAGGUGAGUCUACAAGCCAGCAAGUUCCCCAGCAACUGGAGCUGCAGUAUUCUAAGCUCGCUCUGGCAGGGGAUAUCCAAAACAACGUGGUCAACCUUGGACUGGGGAAUCAGCCGUUCGCGGUGAUGACGACACCGCUAAAGUGGGAUAGUCAGUGCAGCGCCAGCCAGAUCUAG